AUGUCACGCAGACAAAUUUCUGUGGUUUGUGGCAUUCGCGGCUGUCGCAGGCAUUUCAGCGACCGUCUAACUUUGGAGCAACAUCUCACUUAUGACCACCCCGUGAUGGUCUUCCGUGGACCGGUAAGGAAAAAUAAUCCGAAGGGAAGCGGGGCUCGAACCCUCGUCUCUCACCUACUAAUCUAUAGGCUAACCAGCUACACCAAACCCACAGAUAUCUUUUCAGAACCGCGAAACAACUCCUUGCCCUUGGAGACACUGCUCUGCUAGAUUUAAUACCCCGGAGCCAUACCGCGCACAUGUUCUCACUGUGCACCUCAGACCAUUAAAUAUUCGAGGUGAGUUUGACACUUAUGACGUGGCAGAUUCAUUCCUAGAAUUCUAGAAUAUCUGAUGGUUCAAAUCCAUUUUCGUCCAGACGAGGCUCGCGAUCGAACAAAUCCACCAAACUGA